AGAAGAAGAAGAAGAAGAAGAAGAAGAAGAAGAAGAAGAAGAAGAAGAAGAAGAAGAAGAAGAAGAAGAAGAAGAAGAACUCAGUGCAAACCAAUAAUUUAUAACAUCCUGGAAUGUAAUUCUAUCUAUUGGCCAUUGAGAGUUCACCCCCUAGUAGGAGCAGUCUUCCACAGGAAUGAAUGGAAUUCUACAGUAUUUCAAUUAAUUGUUUCAAGGACAAAAUUACAUGUAUUUAAGUACUUAUUUUGUAAUGUUGGGGACAGUAACAUUAGCUAUCUCUAAAAAGUAUACUUGUUUUACUUCUAAUGUUUAUAUAUUUUUUGUCGUGUUUUAUUUGUAUGUUUAGCUCACAUAAUAGUAAUGUAAACGUAUGUAUUAAGCUGUAUGUAAUAUAAUGAAUGUGGCAAAAAACGAAUGUAGACAUUAAUACAUGCAUAUCUAUAGCUUCCUAAAUGUUUUACAACGUUGGGGGAGUGCCAAGAUGGAGGCACGGUGGCUUCAACACAGCGCCCCCUAAAAGUCAUCUAGUUGUAUACAUAAAUUAUUGGUGCAAACUCAUCCCAAACCCAGCGCGUGCAGUCACAUGAGAACGCGCCAUGGCUUCAGUUACCUCAACCAGUCGCUCAACUCGCUCCUCCCGACGAAGCGGCCCCGGCCCGUCCAGCACCAGCCCAACCAGGCUCUCCCGAAGCCAGGAGAAAGAGGAGCUUAGCCACCUGAACGACCGCCUGGCCGCCUACAUAGAGCGGGUCCGCCAGCUGGAGAAUGACAAGUCCUCAAUGCUGCUUCUCCUGGAGGAGAAAGAGGAGUCCACGACCCGGGAGACGGCCAACGUUCGGCGGCUGUACGAGACCGAGUUGGCCGACGCGAGGAAGAGCUUGGACGUGCUGGCUAACGACAGGGCCCGGCUGCAGAUAGAGAUGGGUCAUCUUUCUGAAGAGCAUAGCAACCUACAAGCCAGGAACCAGAAGAAGGAAGCAGAGUGUAACAUGGCCAUGGGUCAGUGGAGGAACUUGGAGGCGGUCCUCAACUCUAAAGACGCAGAGCUGGCCAAUCAACUGGCAGAUAACAGAAGACAGGCGGAUGAUGUAACUGACCUACAGGCCCAGGUGGCCAAUUUGGAGUGUGGGCUGGCGGAGACUAAGACCCAGCUGAACUCUGAGAUGUUGAGGAGGGUGGACCUGGAGAACCAGGUGCAGACGCUACGGGAACAGCUGGAGUUCCAGAGACACAUUGACGAACAGGAGGUCAGGGAGAUCCGGAGCAGACAUGAGAGUCGCCUGGUGGAGGUGGAUUCUGGGAGACAGAAAGAAUUUGAGAGUAAGUUGGCCGAGGCCAUGCAGCAGCUACGGCAGGAGCACGACGGACAAAUCCAGCAGUAUAAAGAGGAUCUGGAGAAGAAUUUCAAUGCCAAGAGAGAGCUGUGUGUCAGGGAGUCUCUGUGUGUGUCGUGCACACUGUUAGAGCAGGAGUGCAUGAUGACGGAAGAGAACAGAGGAGUGAGAAAGAUGCCAGUGCAGAUUAGGGAGAGCUUUGUCCAGCUGAUCAAGCUGGAUAACGCCCAUCAGACGGCGCUGAAGAGUAGUGACUUUGCCUCGUCCACCAGAGAGGAGCUGUCUGCCACCAAGCUCCGCAUCGAGACCCUCUCCUCACAACUCAAUCACUUCCAAAAACAGAACGGGGCCUUAGAGGGGCGUGUGCGGGAGCUGGAGCGGACCCUGGACCGGGAGCGCGAGGUGUGGCAGCAGCGACUGAGCCACAAGGACGAGGAGAUGUCGGCCAUGCGGGCCCAGAUGCAGAGCCAGCUGGAGGACUACGAGCAGCUGCUGGAUGUCAAGCUGGCCUUGGACAUGGAGAUCAACGCCUACCGCAAGAUGCUGGAGGGAGAGGAGCAGAGGGAUGCCUCUGAUGCCCUGGGCACCACUCGGCAUCUGGUGUGGUGUCUGUCCUCCGUGCCCCGGCCCGCAGUGUGUGUGACUGGGUCAGUGAUACGUUUCACAUCCGCUCACCCUGCGUUCGCAGUCCACUGA